UUCGGUUUCUUAUCCGGCGGGACUUGAAGUGAAGAAAGAACAGAACAACCAGCGAGUAUGUCGGCAGCGCUUCCACCACCAGCUUCAUCUCCCAAACUGACAACAACUUCAUUCUCAUCCCCACGCUCACUUUACCACGCGUCAUCAAAGCUCCAAUUCUUCAUCAUCCCACGCGCUACUCCCGAUUCCGACUCCUCGACCGAACCGGAAUCAUCUCCCUCCUCCGACUCCACCACCUCACCCGACUCCGACCCAUUCGAAUCCCGCCUCUCCCAAGUCCGCCUCCGUUACCGAAGCGGAACCGGCAAAAAAGCGGAGCUCCGGAAGUCGAGGAAAACCGGGUCCGUAUCCGGAUCCACUCCCUCCUCCACCCCCAUCUACCUCCCCCCGGUGCCUUUAAAAGAAACGAUUUCAAAUGGGUUGAAAGUGGAUUUCGGGUUUAGCCCAUACAGCGAGAGAAUAAACGGACGGAUCGCGAUUCUGGGGUUGACCGCUUUGGUUUUGGUGGAAUUGGCUACGGGUAAUGGAACUGAAAAAGAAACGAAUUUUUAUGACAAGACAAAAGGAGUGAAGUUGAGGAAAGUAGAGAUUCAUUGUGUUUCUCCUUUGAUUACUUCUGUUUUGGGUGUCUACUAA